GUAACAAUGACAUCAACACUUACCUAUUUAUCAAACAAUAAAACAUCUAUCUAAACAUGUGAAUCUUUGCAAGAUAUUAACUUACCUAUGUAAUUAACAACUUACUGCUACACGACAAAACGAAGCUACUUAUCAAAUCCCAUUCCAAAGAACUCGCAAGAAAAAUUACCAUGGCAUCCACCGGCAACCCAACUAGCGGCCUCUCGCGAGAGGCGCAAGCCCAGCACAGCACCUCUUCAGCCGGCAAGACCAACAUCACGAACGACGGCACGAUCGUCAGCACCGCGGACCCGACCGUCAACCCCUCGGCCACGGCGGGCCAGAAGCUGAAAGGUGACGUCGGCGGCGCGGUCAGCGGCAGCAUCGGCAGCAUGCAGGCGGCCACAGGUGCGGUGUUGCGCAACAAGGGCAUGGAAGAGAAGGGCCUGGCCAAGAUGCAAGCCGAGGACGAGAGAUUAGGUGCCAAGAGAGGUGUUAUGCCUGUAGGGUCCGGACAGAGACACACUACAGAGCAGACUCAGGCUACGAGUGGUCCGACUGAUACGACUGGAACUACCGGAACAACUGGAACUAGAACAGCAGGGACGACUGGGAUGGGGAAUGUGCAGUAGGUGGUAUUGGUUUCCUUAAGGAAGUAAGGGGUUAUGAUUGUUAUGGGGUAUGAAAAAGGGUAUGACUGUAUGAAUAAAAUGGGUAGCUACCUACUCGAUAACUAAUACGCAAGAAUGGUUUAGUGUGAGAUUAAAAGGAUCUUCAAGAAUCCUUGAUACUAGUCUCCGUUAGGCUCACAUAAAUCCGCAUCUUCUUAUAGGGCUAAAUUGAUUCAUCUUUGGC